GGAAGAGAUAGAUCGAACGCCAAGCAGUUUCAAUAAAACAGCAAAGGCCUUCUAGUGGCUGUUGAUCAUGUCUCCAAACAAGGGAGGUCCGCCGCCGUUACCCGGCGAAUCUUCCAUCUACAGUGAAGGAAGUAGAGAACAAUCCCGGCCCGCCCCGCCGGUUAUCGCGUCGUCUAGUAGCAGUCGGAGCCCCACGUUCGGUACGGGUGCUUUUCAGCACGACGACAGCUCACUAGCCUCGCAGUCGAUGCGAAAGAGUGCGGAAUCCAGUGUCUUACGGAACAGCCACGACUUGUGGUCCUUUGACGCAAAUUUGCAGACGGUGACGAGUUCGAGCUCGAAGUUGCAUCAACAUGAUGCGACGAAUAAACCGUGGCUGGUGGCAGGGUCCUCAGAUCAAGAUGAGGAACUACUACUUGGUUCGACGAGUCUGCAUUCACAUCAUCAAGGCGGCCGCGGGCGACUUCUUUCCGAGGGGGAGCAUGCAGCGGAGAGAGACAGUAAGGAGUCUGUCGAGCAGCAGGGCAAUACGAACAAGCCAACCUCGCCCUUGCUCAACGUCGAGGGCUCGUCCAUUCUCGACGCUGCGGAGCUGAGCCAGCUUUUGGAUGACCACCACGAUGUGCAGGAGCGAUUGGAACUCGGAGCAGGGCGAAGACGGACGGCGUCGUUAACUUACGAGCCAGCGUCUCCCUCAAGCAGUGCGAAGAACGCCCCGCUGGCGAAGCCAUCGACAAGGGGCGCGAGUCUCCUCCGGAGCCAGGCUCGAUUGCACGCGACUUUGGAAAGCAAGGAAAGCAGUUCAUCUGCGUCUAACUCGAAGACCGCUGGGAACAGCAGUAGAGCCGCGGUGGAAAACCGAAGCUUGCUGGGAACAUCCUCCUUGGGCACGUCAAACGUCACGACGCGGAACAGCUCAGCACCGACUUCUGGGAACCAGAUGAACAUGAACAACAAUUUGCAGCAAAGAGGAAAUCUUUUAAACACCAGCACCAUGAGUGCGAGCAGCCGACUGUUCAAGAGCGUCGCUGGCGGCGUAGCAGCGGGGUCUUCGGUGGCGAGGUUAGCUGCCCACGCGACGAGCGCGGCCACGGGGAUCCUGCCUCCGGCCGCUGCCGUCGCGGAAACCUCUCUGGCAACGAAAGUGGAGUCGAUAAAAGCCCAACACGGGAAACACGUGGAAGGGCUGCACACGCAGCUGAACAAAGCGGAGGAGGCGUUGCAGCGGCGCGACGCGAAAUUUUCGGAAAGUAGGGAAGCGACGGUUGUGCUGCGGAAGCAGAAUAUGCGGCUGGAGAAGGAGCUCGGCACGCAGCUGCAAUCCGUCGAAAAGUUGAAGCAGGCGCAGCGGGAGACGGAGAGCUCUCUGACCACCGCGCAGCAGCAAAAUCGGAAGUUGGAGGCGCGGAUUUUCCAGCUGCAACAGACAUCGAAGAACCUGCUGAAAAUUGAGCAACUGGAGAAGGACCUGGAGCUGUGUCAGAAGCACGAGGCAGAGGCGCAGGAGGAAGCCACGCUACUGGGAGCGGAUAACGAAAAUCUGACGAAAGAGGUGUCCAUUUUGAACCGGGCCUUGGCAGUGCACGCAGACGAAAUAGGCGUGGAACAGCGGCUGCUGUACGACUACGGCCAGGCACGCGAGGAGCUCGACGUCAUGAAAACUGAUUUGGCGAAGCUGAAAGGCGAGCUGGCGGUGGUGGAGCGCGAUCGCGACGAAUUUCGCUUGCAGGCAGAGCAAGGUAUUAAAAACUUGCGUCAUGCAAGCUGUGUAAUUUUUGCUUGUUGCUUUAUCCUUGGAACAGACUUCUCUGGUCGUCACCCACGUCUAGCGGAUUUUCUAAAUGGCACUCUUUUUGUUUCCAAUCAGUCCGCGGUAAUCUCGAGCGCGAAAUGACGGAGCGAAAAGAACACGAGCGGCGCGCGCAGCACCACGAAAGCCUCAACGGAACCAUGGAAGUAUCAAAAGUAAAAAUGUCUGGGUCUGGAAACUUGUGAUGUUGGGUGGCGUCUCAUGAUGAGGCUACAAAUGCUGGCCCAGCAUGACAAGUUUCUGAGCUCCUAGGUGUUGCCUAUUUUGCAUGACAAACUGCGCUUCUGCAUCACAGAAAAACGGAGCUCUUGGGUAACGUGCAUGACAGAUUUAAGAGUCAUGCCAGACAAGCAUGACAAACGUGAAUUCUUCCAGACCCAGACAUUUUUGCACUUGAUAGGAAGAGCACCUGUCUAAUCUUCGCGACCAAAAGCUCGAGCUGGAAAAGAAGCACGACCACUUGGUGUCAGAGCUGGCGCAAACACACCGAAGCCUUGCGGAAGCACGAGGUACUUACCUAAUCUCUUCAGAUCACCCACGUGUCACCAAAUUUGUGCGACCACAUCGUCUCACAUCGGACACGCCCCCUUCGAACUUGCAAUAUGCGUUUGCUUUUCCAAAACGGCAAAUACCACACAUAACAUCAAGGUCACCACACCCGCUUAGAGGUGCAGGUUGGUGAGCACGAGCUGCGCGCGACCAAAACGCAGUUGGACACCGAGGGCCGCGUGCAGAUGCACUUGGAGCGGGUGCAGGAACUCUCUGGGCACGCUGAGAACAUCCAAUCGCAGCUGGACCAGCAGAGAGAGGUCGGGGCGGAAGAGCGACGGAAACGAAAAGAAGCGGAGGCGAAAGUCUUGGAGCUGGAAGACAAGAUGGCUUUUCUGAAACGAAAGUACGACGCAAUCGACAAGAUUCAGGUACUUAUUUUCGACACAAGCUUGUCGUUGUCUUCCGGUUUUCAUGCCAUUUUGCCAUGCGUAUGUACCACGCAUUUGCGCUUUGUAAGCGAAGAGGAAGACGUGGUAGAGCAUCAAAAAUAAAUGAAAAUGUUCACCAACAGUGCGAAUUGGACGAAGAGCAGCGUGGGUUGCAAGAGCGCAGCAUCCAACUGGAAGCGGACCUUUCCGACACGCAGUCGAAGCGCAACGAGGUGCAACGGAAGUGUGAGGCGUUACAACGGGAGCUGGACCAGCG